AUGUCCGUUUCCAAAUCAGCGCCACAUGAUCUCGAAGCUUCGCUGAAGCAAAUGAGCAACCCCAGCAUAUCUCCAGGGGACAUUGCGGACGAUGACAGCAAAAGACUGCCGGAGACAGGCCAUGUGCAGGAACUGGCCAGAAAUUUCAGCUUGCUGUCUUUGGCCGGAACCGGCAUUCUGGUAGGCAAUGUCUGGCCUGCUUUAGGUGGUUCCAUCUUGGUUGCAAUCUACAAUGGUGGGCCACCCGGGGUUCUCUACGAAUUUAUAGCUGCCUCUUGCUUCUAUUUCAUGAUAGCUGCCUCCUUGGCUGAGCUAGCUUCGGCGAUGCCGUCGUCCGCAGGACCUUACCUCUGGGCGUCUGUCACGCCAGGCAAGAAGUACGGACGAGCCGUAGGGUUUUUCGCCGGGUGGUGGAACAUCUUUGCUUGGAUUUUCGCGGCUGCCUCAAUGAGUGCUAUCUGUGCGAACGUGAUCGUGCAGAUGUACGCCUUCUCGCAUCCAUCGUUGCGAGUCACAAGCUGGCACGUUUUCAUCACUUACCUGCUCAUCACCUGGAGUUGCUGUGGAGCAGUUUGUCUCUUCAACAAAUACAUGCCUAUGCUGAAUAAAAUCGGCAUCUUAGUGACUGUUGCUGGAGUAUUCAUCACAAUUUUAGUGUGUGCAAUUAUGCCUUCUCACGGUGAAAGGCCUGGGCAUGCCAGCAGUGAGACCGUCUGGGCAAGUUGGACCGCCGACAUAGGAUACCCAAACGGAUUUGUUUUCGUCGCAGGUAUGCUUAACGGGUCUUAUGCAAUGGGAACACCAGAUUCAACCAGUCACUUGGCUGAAGAGAUCCCAGAGCCAUCGAAGAAUGUUCCAAAGGCGAUCGCCAUGCAAUAUGUGAUUGGGUUUGCGUCAGGUCUGGCGUAUUUGAUUGCGAUCUUGUACGCCAUAAACGAUUACGACGCCCUCUUCACAUCUGCUUUCCCAAUCGCCGAGAUAUAUCACCAAGCAACAGCCAACACUUCGGGCACCAUCGGGCUACUGACGUUGCUCCUGCUUCCCACAGUUAUCUGCGUUGUUACGCUCUACAUAACGUGCGGACGCACACUAUGGGCACUCUCGCGCGACGGCGCAACACCAUUCCCAGGCUUUCUGGGUCACGUCAAUUCGAAGCUUGGCCUUCCAGCGAACGCAACCUUGAGUUGUUGCGCACUGGUGACAAUGAUGGGCUGUAUCUACGUCGGUAGCAUCACCGCUUUCAAUGCAUUCGUGGGCAGCUAUGUGCUGAUGUCUACAUCCUCGUACAUCGCCUCACUUUUACCAUUCUUAUUACACGGAAGGCGAGGUGUGGAAUUCGGUUAUUUCCAACUACCGCGUAGUCUUGGUUUCAUUUUCAACUCUCUGGCCUGUGCGUUUAUGUUGGUCUGGUUCGUCAUUUACUGCUUCCCGUACAGCCUACCCACAAACGCGCAGAGUAUGAAUUACUCUAGUCUCAUUUGGGGAGGCUUGACGAUUUUGGUUGGCUUGUGGUGGGUUUUACACGCCAGAACUCGGUACCUAGGCAUUGUGUUGGCGCCAAGACACGAACUAGCGUAA